GAAGGCUGCCGGUGUGCAGCGGUUACAAAUUUAAAGACAAUUUUGAAAAGGUGUUCAUUUAACAUACGUUAUCUAUUUACCUAGUUUCUUCAUAGGUACCCAGUCAAAAGGCUUUGCUAUAAAGUACACAUCGAUCGUAGACUAACAUCACAGACUAACUUCAAACAAUAUAGCUACCACCAAGACUGAAGUUACAUUUAACCAGACCGCUAAGGGUGUAACAUUGUGAAGUUCAGGAGCUAGCUAAAACUGGUACGACUGCAUCGAGCUGUCCCGACUCGGUUGGGAGUCGUACAUAAAUUAUAACUGAAACUCAAAGUUGGGAAUGGCAUUGGACUUCCUUGCAGGAUGUCUUGGAGGUGUUGCUGGUGUCCUAGUAGGACACCCCUUUGAUACUGUCAAGAUGAGGGAUAUACAACCACUGCAUGGAAGUGUAACCUUGUUAGACUCCAGGUUCAGAAUGUCAAAAAGCCACUCUAUCGUGGGACAUUUCACUGCUUCCAGUCCAUUGUACGGCAAGAAUCUAUGUUUGGACUGUACAAGGGCAUUGGCUCCCCCAUGAUGGGUCUGACCUUCAUCAACGCCAUCGUGUUUGGCGUCCAGGGCAACGCCAUGCGACGGCUGGGUAAGGACACACCGCUGAACCAGUUCAUAGCGGGCGCGACGGCAGGCGCCAUCCAGUGCGUCAUCUGCUGCCCCAUGGAGCUGGCCAAGACGCGCAUGCAGAUGCAGGGCACGGGCGAGAAGAAGUCCAAGAGGAAGCUCUACAAGAACUCUGUGGACUGCCUGCUGCGUAUCUACAACCGGGAGGGCGUGCGCGGCAUAAACCGCGGUAUGGUGACCACGUUCAUCCGCGAGACCCCAGCCUUCGGCUUCUACUUCCUGACCUACGAUGUCCUCACGCGCCAGCUGGGCUGUGAGCUGGGGGACUCGUACAUAAUCCCCAAGCUGCUGUUCGCCGGGGGCAUGUCUGGCAUCGCCUCCUGGCUCUCCACCUACCCGGUGGAUGUCAUCAAGUCCCGGCUCCAGGCCGACGGGGUGGGCGGGGUCAACCGGUACAAAGGCAUCGCGGACUGCGUCCGGCAGAGCAUGCAGGAGGAGGGCUGGCGGGUGUUCACGCGAGGCUUGACCUCCACCCUGUUGCGGGCCUUCCCCGUCAACGCCACCACCUUCGCCACCGUAACUCUGUUCCUCAUGUACAUGCGGGAGGAUGAGGGGCCGAUGGAUUGUGAUGCCCUGCAGCAACAAGCUCAGGCUUCCAGUUUGUGACUUUGGCUCUAGCUCCCUCUGCUGGGGGGAGGGCCUCAGUACAGCAGCUGAUCAUUUAUGGCCCAAUAGCAUAUAUUUUUACUAUAUGUAAAAUAUCCUAUCCUGUUUUUAUUUUGAUGUCAUUUUGAUGCAACUUUUUUUAAUUGACCUUUUCUUUGCCUUCUCUGGUAAAUUUCAGAUUAAUAGAAAACCAUCCCCACAAAUUUGCAAAAUGGAAGUACAGUUGUAGCAGAAGUCAAAUUUAGUCCUCUACCCUUGCGGUUUAUUCCAAGUUUAGAGCAUUUGUUGGAGAUGCUUUCUCUGCACGUCUGCACUACGUAGAUAUUACUUGAUCUGGUAAUAGCAGCAAAGUUUAGUAUUUAUAUGUGUACUUGAAUGUGUACAUAGUGAGAAGCAUGUGGUGCCUGGUACAUGCUACAUGAUUUAAAAAUCGGCACUGAAUUUACAGAAAAUUAAGAUGACAGAUGACGACUGUCCAGCAAAGAAAUUGGGAACACAAUCAAUUUAAAAUGGUGACUUUUGUACUGAGGUAACAGACAUCCAGUUCUGUUCUUUAGUCUGUACCCAGAGGCCAACAACCACCCUACCUAGUCCAUUUCUCAUUUAGAUAGAGAAUAAACUCAAAACAUUCCACAAUAUAAUGUAUUAUAAGUCCAUUAUAAGUGUGUCUUGUGGUGUGGUAUACUUGGUUUGAUUUCACAUGUUGAUUAAGGAAUAUGGAGGAACCCUUGACCAAAUAGACUACAUAUAAAGAUAUGAUGUAGAUGUCGAUAAAAAUGAAGACGUGGGUCAGAGUAUAAAAGUAAACAAAAAGUGUUGGAAUCCAACUAAACCUCAGCCAUUAGUAACCAUGACGAUAAUAUAAUACAUAUAUAAUUAUAAUUUAUUUAAUUGAUAAGAUAUAUAAUUUUUGUCUUUUGACAGGACCCCCUCAAAAAUGAGAUGGUACAUAUCUCAAGGGCUUUUAUCCUGAAAAUAAAUAAAUAUGGCGUAAAAUAAAGCCAAUUGGGCUCUAUUCAGCAGUUUAUCUUUGAAGAAACACUUGCAGUAUUAAGAAUUUAUAUGUAGACAAGUUCCUGUUACUUAUUGGUAGUUUGUAGUUUAUGAUACCUCCUGCAGAGUGCUAUCUGACAUGGGCAAAUUUCAAAAUGGUGAAAUAUCCAUAAGCAGUUCAAAAGGUUGUCCACCGGUUGAGCUUUUAAACCAUGGUAUGAUUUUAAUAUGCAUGAGCAGAGGUAACUAAAAGAGCAGAAUCUGGGCCAAAGUCAUGUAGUGUGUACCAGAGUUAAGGGAUGCUGUUAAUGAGUGUAAAGUUUGUUUCACUCCUGUCUAUGCAUUUCAGUUUCACAAUUGCAUUUGAGCUGAACUGUGAACCUUCCCUGAUAAGUGUCACUUGUAGUUUCUCCACAUGCCCUUGGAUUUUUAUGCCGCAUGCAGUAUGAACAUGACAUGCAUGUCAGAGCUGCCCUAUGAAAAGUCUUCUUCCAGAUUUUCUUUGGGGUUAUUAGCUGCAGUGACAGUAAUAAGUGUGUGAAUUUGUGUGAAUUGUAACCUGCUAUAAAUUUUUUUCUGUGGGGAUUUACAUUCCUGAGUUGGGAGUGUCGAAUUCUCAGUCUUUAGUGUCUAUUUUUAUGGUAAAUACUGUAUUUUUGAUCUGAGCAGCUGAUGAAAAUGGACCAGGUAUUUGGGUCUCCAGGGCAACACUUAUUUUUGCGAGGAGCAUUUGGGUGAUGCUAAAAGACCCUGAAUAGAUUAUCUGUUUUGAAUGUUACAACGGUUACGAAUGUGGACCGUGCGCAUGUUCAGUCAUGCUUCCAGAGACCACUAUUUAUAAAGACACUGAAUGUUUGAAUCUUUUUCAGGAUGGCGGUUACUUGACUGCAUACUGUCAUACUGUUGACAGUAAGUAAUUUUAUGUAUUGCACAUGCUGCCCAAGAGGUUUCCUUUAUUUUAAAUGACUGCAUGGAUAGAAAAACUUUUAUUAGAGAGAGAGCGAGAGUGAAUAUUGUUUAGCACUGUAAAAACUGCAUCAGUCAUCCAUGGCUCGGACUUAAGGGCUUUUGGUCAACGUGCACAUAAUUUACACGACCAAUGUCUGAAGUUCCGACUAUCAAGGCAUAACUUGCUACUUUAACAUUCCUUGUGUUGAAAACUGGUGAGAGUAGUUGAACGGAACUGCUCCUUCAAGGAAAGGUGAAAUGUGAGUGCGGAUCAACUUGUGUGUGCUUUCUUGUAAAGAAGCCGAAUUUCUUUUUGUUUAUUAUAAACUAAAACCAUGAGUGUGUCUGAGGUGUUUUAUGAUACAGGAAGCAUGUUGACAAGAGGGGGACAGCAAUUGUUUGAACCAAAUUUCUUACAUUCUGUAAGCGCUGAAAUUAUUUAAAAAGGGCACAGUAGUUCCUUGUAUAAGUUGGAAAUAUUUAGUUUUGUACAUUAAGAGGCUGCAGAUUGAUCUCUCUAUACUAUUUAUUUUAGCACUUGGACAAUCUGCCCAGUACCAAAGCAAUGUGUAACCAUUAUGGGUGAAAGGUGAAUAAAGUGGUUCCCAACUGA